AUGGGACCACUUGUUAUUAGAGGUGUCAAUUUGGCCCAGCCCACAGGGCCCAAAGAACCGGACAAGCACGACGACCCGAAUAGGUCGAACAACCUGGACCUGCCCGACAACCUCGACAAGAACGAUGACUCGAACGGGCACGAUGAUCCAAACAAGCCCAACGACCAGAGCGGGCCCGAUGACCCAGACGACCCGGACGGGCCCGACAACCAGGACAAACCCGACAAUACGAACGGGCCCGACGACAUGGACGGGCUCGACAACCCAGACGUGACCGACAACCUACACGGGCAAAAUGAGCCAGAUGGGCCCGACGCGCUUGAUGGGCUCGACGACCUAGACGAGCCCAACCAUCAGGAUGAGCCCAACGAUCUGAACGGGCUCAACGACCCAAACGGACCAGACGACCUGUAUGGACCUGACGACCGGGACAAGCCCGAUGACAAGGAUGGGCCCGACGACCUGAACAAACUCGACAAUUCGGACGAACCUGACGACCCCGACGACCCAGAUGAGCCUGACGACCUGAAUGGGCCCGACACCUUGGACUGGCCCGAUGGCCCGGACGGGCCCAACGAGAGGGAUGAGCCCGACGAUCCAGACGGGCUCGACAACCUGAAGGGGCCGAACGACCCGAGCAAACCCGAAUGA